GAGGGAGGCGAUAGUACGACACAAGCUACGGAACCGGCCGGUCGUGCGAACAAGGACGCGUAUCCGAACGCGAUGCCGCGUUUGUUUACCGAACUUUCCAAAUUUGAAUUUCGAAUGGAAUGACAUUAUUAUUCUUAAAUUAAAAUCACGGAAUGACAAAUGAAUUAAAUCGUAUACUGAAAUUGUAAACAUGUAAAUUUUCGACAGUGUGAGAAUUAAGUUAAUUCAGUGGCAGUAUGGUGGAUGUUGGUGUUAAUGAGUGCGAUAACACCAUAAAUGGGAGGAACCAAUUUGUGUUUCUUGUUUUAGUGCAUUUAUUACUUAUUGGACUGAAUGGGACAAAUGCCCAAAACCGUGCGCCACGAAUCAAAGAGCACCCUUCGAACACAGUAUCUGGUCGCAGUGAGCCGGCGACCUUACGAUGUAUGGUGGAAGGGCGUCCCAAGCCCAAGGUCCAAUGGUACAAGGACGGGGCCUUGCUGCCUCCUGCAGAGGAUGGACACAGGGUCCCUUUGGAAGACGGAUUGUUGUUUUUAAGAGUCAAUCGAGGCAAAAAGGAAAGCGACGAAGGCAUUUAUUGGUGCGUGGCACGAAAUAUUGCAGGCGAAGCCGUCAGUCAGAAUGCCUCACUCAAUGUUGCAGUGCUUCGUGAUGAUUUCAAAUCUGAACCUAGAGAUGUGAUGGUAGCAGCAGGAGAACCUGCAUUAUUGGAAUGUUCUCCGCCUCGAGGGGUUCCAGAACCUUCGGUACAUUGGCUCAAAGAUGGACAGGUUUAUGACUUAGAAAUGAAUGGCAGGGUAACAAUAACAAAUACAGGAAAUUUAAAAAUUCUCGAAACUUUACCAACUGAUAGUGGAUUAUUUAGAUGCGUGGCUUCAAAUAUCGCCGGUGAAAGACAGUCACGGGCCGCAGGACUAAUUGUUCUGAAACGACCACAUUUUGUAGUGAAACCUAACAAUGUAACCGCUUUGGUUGGGCAAACCGUAGAAUUCAAUUGCCAGAGUUACGAUGCGAGUGUAAAAAUAACAUGGGUUAAAGAAGACGGGACUUUGCCUUCUCAUGCAUCAAUAAUUCGAGGACUAUUACGAUUAGAGCAUGUAUCUGCUAGCGACGCGGGCGUCUAUUCCUGCCGAGCUGACAGUCAUGCUGGAACAAGCAUCACUAGCGCCACUCUUACUGUUAACUCGUUACCGCACUUCACGCAGAUACCAUCGAAUCUGACCGCAUGGGAGGGUGAUGUGGUAUCUAUUCCUUGUGAAGCUAGAGGCUUGCCCACUCCAACAACUUUUUGGAUAUUGGAAGGCAAACAAGAUUCUUUGCUUUUUCCUGAAUGUACAAAAAGUAACACCAGUUUAUUAUAUUUGGAUGGAGCUAAAGCGGAACAUAGCGGAAGGGUGAUUUGCGCAGCCGUUAAUGCGGCUGGAAGCAUAAUGCAAGAAGCUUAUCUCACCGUUUUGAAGAAAGAUAAUAACGGUCUGAAAGAACCCUUAGAUGAAGACUUGGCUAUUGUUUAUGAUAGCGAGGCGCACAUGACACAAUACGAACUUGUUCAAGCGAGAAAGUAUUUACAGCAAAAUGUUUUAGUUAUGCGAAGGGUGGAAGCGUUAUCGUCAACUUCGCUGAAAGUUGUUUGGGAUGUGUUAACAGAUUACAACGAAUACUUGGAAGGUGUAAAAAUUUGGUACAACGGAACAACAUUAAAUUGGCGCAAUGUAACAACCGAAGAAUUAGUUAUUUUGAACUCAUUCCAUUCAGGCGCCACAUUAUGUUCGAACGGGUCUUUAACGAAUGUUGAUAAUAGCGGAUCAUCGAGCUACAUUUUAUCAGGAUUAAUGGCUUACACGCAGUACGACAUAUUUAUAAUGCCGUUCUACAAGAUGUUGCUCGGGAAGCCUUCUAAUUUAAUGUCGGGAUACACUGACGAUGACGUUCCAUCGGCGCCUCCCCAAAGUGUGACAGCGGGUGUAAUUAACGCGACUUCGGCGUGGAUUCGAUGGGAACCGCCACCUGCGAACACGUGGAACGGAGAACUCACGGGAUACCUGAUUGAAAUCCGUGUGAGUGGUAGUACGGGAGGCAGAGUGGUCGGCCAGAUGUCCUUAGGACCGCGGACCAGGGCUGCCGCGGCCAGUUCUUUAAGGGCUGGCAACAAAUACAGCGCCCGAGCCGCGGCUGUCACACGCACGGGUCAUGGACCUUUCAGUGCUCCCGCGCAUAUCCAUAUGGUGCCGACGCAGUCUCAGAGACAUUAUGUACAGACGGAGCCGCCGCAAGACAGCAAUAUUCCUCACAUAUUUCAAGAAACCUGGCUUCUGGCUCUUGGACUAACUUUAUUCACCAUUAUAAUAAUUGGAGUCUUCAGUAUUUAUUAUGUAAAGCGGAGGAACGGAAUUCAGAGAAAGAAGACAACAGGUCAAUCAAUUGUCACCGCGCAGCAGUGUUUAUUGAAUAAAGACACAAUAUGGCUGAGAGAUCGCCCUGUCUUCGCUUCCAACGAGCCCACUUUGGACAUGAGCUGCCAUCAGAGUCUUCUACAUGGAGGUCAAUCAACAAGCAUCCUAAGCGUGGAACCAGAGUACAGUCUACCUCAAAAUUCUAUUCAAGGAUUAGAUGCCUCGAGCGUGGAUCGACUGCGUCGGGGACCGCCCGAGCCGUAUGCUUCCAGUGCUAUUUACACCGAGCUCAAUUUCAAGGAUCAAAACGAUGAUAUUAGACACUGUCCAGAAAGGCGAUCUCAUAACAACAGCAUUGUUAGAUCGUGUAACGGAAGCCUACAAUACUCCAAUGGGGAAUGCUCAACGUGUUGUCACAGCACGUCCAGUAGAUCAACGAAAGAUUACAGGGAGCCAAGACACGAGAUAGUACAUAAUGAGAUUAAUGUUUUGGACGACGACUGCGCGUCCUGCCACACGAAUCGUUCCGGCUCGAGGAGUAGACAGGACAAAAGCAAAGUGUGUCCGUCGAAUGAUUUAGAAUACGACUAUCCGCAAUGGCACUGGCUCGGUAGAGAGAACAGUUUCAAAAUUCCCAUACAGACGAGCAAGCAUUCGUAUGUAGCGAGGUCGGAGCAGGGCUGUCAAAUAAAUCUAUGUGAUAUACUGCCACCACCGCCGUAUGAGAGUCCUGAAUACAAGAAAAAUUGAAGGUUUUUAAAGUAGAUAUAGAAAAUUUUAACAACGCAAAGCAAUAAACGACUAAUCACUUAAAUUUAAGAUAAACCACUUUCAGAAUGUGUUAAGACGUCCGAUCAGUUAUUUUUUUAAUAGUUGAAAAAGUUCAGUGUUUCAAAAGUUGUCUAGUUAUUAAUAAAUAUAACCAGGUCACUUAUGACUUAAUCGUUGUAGCAUACAGUAGUGCUUGUAAUCUGUAGGUACCGAAUUUUUGAAACUUGUAUCUCGUAACUUAUUCCUAUCGAUAUUCUAGUCACGCUGUAUAGGACUAGCUUAACAUUUGAUAUACACAGUAUUUGGCGAGAAUAUUCCACUUUUGGUACAUUUUGUAUUUGCAAACUCAAGGUUGUCUCAAUUUUUACUGUAACGUAGAUUUACGUAUAGCCCUGCAUUUCACUGCCAUAUUAUAUGUUUAGGAUUUAGAUUAGUUGUAUAAUCAUUGACUGUGAUAUUUAUAUUAAAUUUGUGUAUUAGAAUUGUAUGUAAUCCUAGAUUAUAGGUCGUUUAGGUGAAAUGAAUUUAAUUUUCUUUGUAAUUAAAUAGGCACUUAUUUAUAAAAAUGCAUUGAUAAAAAGCAAAAAGUAACUUAAAAGCUGGAGGAAAUAACCAAGUUUUGAUUUAAAGGCUAAUUUGUGCAAUAAGAAUAAUCAAUGUAUAAAUGAGUGUAUGAAAAUAAUACAUCACUUUGAUAUUUCGCAAACUUUUUAAUUCCUAGAUGUCAUGAGCAUGUAAUGUGACCUUUGAGUACUGUGACAGUAUUUUCCGAUCCAGUUGUGUUGUACCUAAACUCCAACUUUCUGAAAUAUAGCAACUUUCUAGAAAA